GUUCGUUGCCCCGCAGCUGUGUCGAUGCGUCUACCUAUAUUCUUCUACCAUGAUCUUACCUUAUUCUUAUACCAUGUUCCUAGCCAAAAUUAACUGCCGCCGUCGAAGAAAUAGGAAGCGCGGCAUCAGACUUGUUUACAUUUUGAGUAGCCGGCGGUGAAUAAAUCGUUUCGCUUCGUUAUCUGCUGCAACAGCCCUGAAAGUUUUUAGUGCGUAAAUACCGUAAAUAUGGAUUCAGCUCCACUUAAUUUGGCUCACUUCCAUGAAAGGCGAGCAGAAAAGUUACUGAAACGGCAUCAAUACGAUGAGGCUUACAAAGCCAUAGAAAAUUCCCUGUUUUAUGUUGCAGAUGCCCACAAAACAGUGCGAACUCCAAAGGCAUUGGAAGUGCUCGAUAUUAUAAAGUGGGAUUAUGAAAGAAAAUUGCAACAGAUAUGUAUGCGUAAACAACAAUAUGAAAGAUUGAAACAAAAGGAAAUUCUACCUCCCGUUUGCCAGAGUGAAAUCAUCAAACCAGAAAUUAUAAAUGUUCCCUCUAUUGCUGCCAGGUCCAUUGAUAAAACAAUUAAGGAAUUCAAUGAAAAAUAUGGCAGUGCUUCCUUAAUGUUAAAUAUGCAAGGGCUUUCUUUGGAGCCAGGCAAUGAAAACAAAGAUCCCAACAGCGAGUGUUCCAAGGUAAAUGUGAAAAGUGAUGAAAGCAAAUCGGAAUCAAAAGAUGAUAUUGCCAAAAGGCGUAUGAGUAUUUUGGACGAACAUAUGCUACAAACCGAUGAAGAGUUACCAUCAUUGGUGCCUUUGGAAUUACCUUCCUUUGAUUAUUCUGUGUUUAUAUCAUCGGGUUUGGUAGAAAAUUUCCAAAAAUAAUUUAAACCUGUGAUUUAGUUUAAUUUUUCCAGUAUGAUCUCUAUGGUUACCGCAAAGUGUAUAUAGUAUAAUAAAAAAAACAAGUGUUUGUAA